AUGUCCCUCGUCCGCCUUCUCCUAUCCCGCGUCCUCAAUGCGCUCAUACCACUCGCGAUAGCAUCCAGUCUCUACCUCUACCUCUACCCUAUAUUCCAAGGCUGCGCCUUCCCAUUGCCAACAAGCCAAAAUGAACAUCCCUCCAGCUCACCCUUCGGAACGAACAACCCGCUUCUGUAUACCCUUUCGCAACACCUCCGAUCGCAAUUAGCAGCGGACUCAGCAGCAGCUUUCCGGCUGCUGGUCCUAGCAGACCCCCAGCUGGAAGGCGACAGCUCUCUCCCGAGCCCGGAAGAAGAGCUCUCAGCUCGAAUCCUGUACUACUGGACGCUGAUCAGACGCUCCGCGCUGGAGUCACCGUCGCCCUUCCACCCCGAUGUGUUCAGCAACCUCACAGCCGCGGUACACACACUGUUUGUGGAGGACGUUCCUCGCGCUCUUCUUGCCGCACAGAAACGGGUCGAUCUGCUCGGAAAUGAUUUUUACCUUGCGCAUAUAUACCGCACGCUACACUGGUGGACUCGUCCGACGCAUGUCACCGUGCUGGGCGACUUGAUUGGGAGUCAGUGGGUUACUGAUGAGGAGUUUGAUCAGCGGGGAGGCAGAUACUGGAAUCGGGUGUUCCGGGAGGGCGAGCGCGUUAGUGACGAGAUUACGAUCACUGGCUCGGCGGGGUAUGGAGCAGGAGCAGGAGCAGGAGCAGGCGAUGCGCCGCAGCUGGAAGAGUUGAAUGCAACUCACUCGGUCUGGGAACGCAGAAUUAUCAAUAUCGCGGGGAACCAUGAUAUUGGGUAUGCGGGUGACGCCAGUGAAGCGCGCAUUGAGCGAUUCGAGCGGGUGUUUGGCCGCGCAAACUGGGAUAUUCGGUUCCAGUAUACGCCGCCGAAUGCGACGGCUGAUUCGGUCAAGCCUACCUUGCACCUGAUCAACCUCAAUACGUUGACCCUGGAUGGACCAGCGCUGUCCGCAGAGGUCCAGUCAAACUCAUACGCUUUUAUCAACGACCUCAUCACUCAUCGCACCUACCCUGUUGAGGAUAGGACGACCUUUACGCUCCUCCUUACCCACCUGCCUCUGCACAAGAAGGAGGGCAUCUGUACCGACGGACCCUACUUUACCUACUUCGAAUUUGACGACACGGAUGGCCCAAAUGACGUUCCCCGCUUCAAGGAGGGCGGUUUGCGGGAGCAGAACCACCUUAGCGACCAACUGAGCGCCGGUGGCGUCUUACAGGGAAUCUUUGGCAUGAGUGGUAACACAGACGCCGCAGGAGGAGGCUGGGGACGUAAUGGUCUUAUUCUCAAUGGACAUGACCAUACCGGCUGCGACGUUGUUCAUUUCGUCAACAGGUCUAUCGUAACGACUGCCUUCGAGAAGAAUACGGGCGAAAUGUCUAUUGAGACUGAGGAGUCCCCUGCGCCAUCGUGGACAUGGGCGGCGAAGCGCUACAAUAGCCGCCGCCCAGAGGAGCGACUCGAUGCACCCUCUAUUCGCGAAGUCACUCUGCGUGCUAUGAUGGGCGAGUACGGCGGCAACGCAGGUCUCCUCUCCGUGUGGUUCGAUGCCACUCCGGGCGUUAAUGAGUGGCAGUAUGAGAUCACCAUGUGCAUGGCCGGUGUCCAGCAUAUCUGGUGGGCAGUUCAUGUGCUUGACAUAGUGACAGUUCUGCUUCUCCUUCUAUACACCCUGUUACCCCGUCCCUCCAAGAAACCGGAGAAACAGCCGAAGAGAACUGUUCCCGAAAAGGGAACCAAAGACGAUAAGAAGUGA